GGGAAAAGGGGGGGCCGGGGAGCGCUUGGAGCGCGUGCGUGCGCUGAGGGGAGACGGGCGGCCGGGCUCGGCGGCGGCCCAACGGCCGUAACGGCUCCAACGGUCGGAGCGGCCCCAACGGUUUUAACGGCCCUCACGGCGGCCGCAGCAGCCUGCUUCUCCUCAGCUUCCUCCGGUGGUGGCCGGGCUGCCGGAGUCUCUAACUCCUAAUAGGAAAUUGGAAUGGAGGUUACAGUAUCGGUCACAUUCCUUGUGUUGUUUUCCAUACUAUUGUGUGAAAGUUACCACCAUGGAGUGGAGACGGGCACAGUUGUGCAGACAUUGGAGAGGACUUUUCCGGAAAAGGCAGCCAGCGUUAACGUUGACUUGGCAGGACUAAUACAGAAACUUCACCUUCAAGAACUUUUUCGUCGCUAUGGGGAAAACAACUCUCUGACGAUUGAAGGAUUUAGAAAACUGCUCCAGAACAUAGGCAUAGAUAAGAUGAAAAGGGUUAAAGUAGACCAUGAUCACGACCAUGAUCAUCAUCUUCAUCAUAACCACGUUUCACCGAGUAAAAACUCGGAGAAGACUGUUUGUCCAAACCACGAAUCCGAUGCUGGCAAAGACUCCCGGAACAGUCACUCGAAAGAACCUCAUAAAGCAGAGAACGCAGAUCAUCAGCAGAACUUGGUACGCAGCAAGAACGCUGUUAAUGAAAUAGUGGCGUCUAUCAACACUACCCCCACAGAUGGCAACCCUGAGCUGCAGAGUCUGGAUCCUGGAGAAGGCAAGUCGGUUGCUCGGUUAGGUCUGACUAGCUCUAACGCCAUUAACAUCACAGAUGGCAGCAAUACCAGUUGGCUUGCUAACAGCAAAGCAAAUGAAUCUCUUGCUUCUCCGAAGGAAUCAGAAAGAGGAAGUUACCUGUAUUCUAAACUUAAAAACCAAAAUACCCAAGAGUGCUCCAGUGCAUCCAAGCUGAUGCAGUCCCACGGCAUAGGCACUCAGGCUCUGUUGACUGCUACGGAAUUUAGCUAUCUUUGUCCAGCUCUUAUUAAUCAGAUCGAUGGCAAGUGCUGCAUAGUCCAUGCAAGUAGUGAAAAAACUGAAACUCCUCCAAAAGGUUACUCGUUGCAAAUAGCUUGGAUUGGUGGCUUCAUAUCCAUCUCUGUCAUCAGUUUCCUUUCCUUAUUGGGUGUUAUAUUGGUACCUCUGAUGAAUCGUGUGUUUUUCAAAUUUCUUCUAAGUUUCCUUGUGGCAUUGGCUGUGGGGACUUUAAGUGGAGAUGCUUUCUUACAUCUCCUUCCGCAUUCUCAUGGAAACCACCACCAUCACCACGAAAAGCCUCCCCUUGAACAAAACAAAGAUCCUCUGUUCAAGCAUCUUGUUUUUCAAAGUACAGAGGAGAGUGCUUACCUGGAUUCUACGUGGAAGGGCCUUACAGCACUUGGCGGCUUGUAUUUCAUGUUUCUAGUGGAGCAUUUGAUCACUUUAAUAAAGCAGUUCAAAGACAAGAAGAAAAAGCAGCCAGCCGUGCAAGAAGAAGAAGAAGUCAUGAUAGCUCAUUCUCAUCAAGAGGAGGUUGACAAUGAAUAUGUGUCCAGGGGCUGUAGAAACAAAUGUCAUUCUCACUUACACGAUACUCUGGGACAGACGGAUCAUCUCAGCCACCACCACCACGAUUACCACCACAUCCUGCAUCAUCAUCAUCACCAGAACCAUCAUCCCCACAGUCACAGCCAGCGCUACUCGCGGGAGGAGCUGAAGGAUGCUGGAAUAGCAACUCUGGCCUGGAUGGUGAUCAUGGGAGACGGACUGCACAACUUCAGUGACGGCCUAGCAAUCGGAGCAGCCUUUACUGAAGGGUUAUCAAGUGGUUUAAGCACUUCUGUCGCUGUAUUUUGCCAUGAAUUACCUCAUGAACUAGGAGAUUUUGCCGUGCUUCUGAAGGCUGGUAUGACUGUCAAGCAAGCCGUGCUUUACAACGCGCUGUCAGCAAUGUUGGCCUAUCUUGGAAUGGCGACCGGGAUCCUUAUCGGUCAUUAUGCCGACAACGUUUCCAUGUGGAUAUUUGCACUUACUGCUGGCUUGUUCAUGUAUGUGGCUCUUGUGGAUAUGGUACCCGAAAUGCUUCACAAUGAUGCUAGUGACCAUGGAUGUAGCCGCUGGGGAUACUUCCUCUUACAGAACGCUGGGAUUCUGCUGGGUUUUGGGAUCAUGUUGCUUAUCUCUGUGUUUGAGCAUAAAAUUGUAUUCAGCAUAAACCUGUAACCUUUGCUGCUGGGAACAGAGCUUGGCGUUACGUUGAAAAACAACAGGUAGCUGUUUUUCUAUUCCGUAACGGAGGGGUACGCAUGAUAGAAGCUAGGUAUUUUUAUUGGUGUAUGUAUUGCGUCACUUUCCUCCCCCACGCAAACCUUUUUCCCUCCUGUAGAAAUGCAACUGGUUUUCACUCCGAAUUUAGUUCUGCAUACGGUACUAUGGGGAGGCAUACUUAAGAAGUCAUCGUGGAAGUGCCAAAUCUAUGAACACAUUAUCACCUGUGGUGGUGGUAGGGAUCUAGUCUUUUUUUUUGUGAGUUUAUUUACUGUAAGUAAUUAUGUGUAAUGUUGGUGUUUUUUUUUUUUUUACUUUGGUAUUUUUUACCACAUUUAUUUCUUUGUACUAAUAAAACAAAUGUCAGUGGUUCUUAUUUUAGCACAAUCAAAACCCGUGAGUAGAAAGCACCAUGAGCAGUGUAAAACAAAGGCUGGCAGUGGGCAGCGUGUGCUUAUAGUGGUAGAAACUAGUCUCUUCUGCGUCCAUCUGGUUUACACGGUGUGGCAGAUGAGCCCACUCCAUCCUUUUUGCAGUGGUUGUGCUUUUGGAUUCUGUGUUUCCCAUUGCAGCUGCUUUCUACUCCAAGCAAUUUCAUGAGAAAUCCUGUUGCAGUUGUUUGCAACAAGUAUGUUUUACCUGCUUCAUCCCUUCUGAUGUGUGUUACUCUUCCCUGAUUACUCAAAUCAGGAAGAACAGUACAGCUAUUAUGUCGUAAAAGCAUAGCUGUGUCUAUAAUACACUUGAAUUCCAUUAAAAAGACUUAAAGCAGUGCUUUAUCACAUUUACGCUGCCUGGAGCGGCAAAGUUGUAUUACAGUGUUUGAUAUCAAGGGGAGUAACGUUACAGGCUGGGACAAACAGUCAUUUAUUAUGACAGCUUUCCUAAGUCUUGAUUUAUUUUGGGAAAUGAACUAGUCAGCUCUCCCACUCAGCUCUCGUUCUCUAUGAUAACGCACAAUAAACGUGUGCUUGCUCAACAGUUACAUUCUUUGCAAUAACUACAUUUGAAAGAUGUAAAAAGCAAAAAUUUUUUGAUAGCAUGUGUAGGGAAACAGCAUAUUAAGAAUAAUAACCAGUGUAGAUAUAAGUAUGUAGUUUGAGCUUACUAUCCUAUGGUCUUAAUAUUUUAACAGCCCUGAAAGUAAGCAGGAAGGAAAGAUGAAAAAGACAACUGUCCCAAAAAAGAACAAGACACACCCAACAACCAGUGUCCUGCAUCUGCAGGAAAUGAGAACAUUAAAUUGUUGUGUGUCUCAACUUUUAUGUAAGAAUAAGAAGAACAUUAGAACUUUUUCUGAUUCAACUUGACUGCUCCUUCAAAUCAUCAGCUGAAUAGAAAACUUGAACAAAGAGGAUGUAUUUGAUCAUACUGUGUCUGACAAGUCCAAACAGCCCGGCAUAUGUUGGUCUGUCAUAGAGUAGUGUUGGCUUUCAAUUCCUCCCAAACAUCUACUUCUGAUGUGAUAAAAUGAAAGAUUCUUGUUUUAACUAGUUGAGAAACAGGGCCCGCAGGAGUUCCUGCAGGCAGUAGACUAUUAGCUUUUCUUCCUCCUUAAGUCUUUACUCUGGUUAACAAGACAAAUUCAUUUAAACUUCUUUCCGCAGUGAUGAAAUCCUGUUUUAUCAGUGUUCUCUGAGCAAGCUGAAAUAAUCAGCAUAAAUCUGUUAAGGUUUUAAUGACAGUGUCAGAGCUCAUAUUAAGAAUUUACAUAAGAAUAGAUUUUUUUCUGAGUUCUCUCUGGUGAAUUGUUACCAAUUCUUCUUAAUAUAGAAUAAGCAGUGUCUUGAACUUCAUUUCUGUGCUUUCUUUAAAGGUCAAAUGAUAUCAAUCUCUCCACAAUAGUAGAAAAUUAUGGAAGGGGAAAAAAAAUAGUGUGCUCCAGUACAACAUCUAUGGCAUCUAAACUGUGAGCAAGAAAAAAGGAGCAAAUAAAGCUCACUUCUGUCCUGCAAGAGAUGAUGUCUUAAGGCUGGGAGAUGUCUGCUGGCAGCUCUCUUGUAACCUUUUCUCUUGGGAAGCAGUGUGAGUGGAGCAGGAGCCAGCAGAGCUCCCUGUCGUUCUUUAGACUGCCUGACCCACAUUGGGGGACCUCAGCCUCAAAGGAAACACCCCUUGUAUCUUCCUGUAUGCAGUACUUGGCUAAUGCAUUUGAGACAGGGUUUGUCUUGUUUCCUUUUGAGUCAGGAGGCAGAGAAAGGCAGCCUUUCUUCAGCUUUUUCUCAAGCUGAGGCAUCUUGAGGGGAGUGCUCAGGUGUGGUGGGGGUCUUAAUGUUCCCCCAAAUCUUAAUGUGUAUGAACUUUUUUUACUUCGGUCAGCAGUUGUUUGGAGAGAAUAGACUUGUCUUUCAGAGCUCUCCAUUGCAUCUCUGACAAGAAUGCUAACAAAAUACAGGUACAUUCUUUCCUUUCAUCAAGUGUUCUGCAUUUUGUUUUUCUUUUCCACUGUUUUCUAUUCUACGCUUUUGUGUUCUGGUUAGGCCUCUGUACUUUCCUCAGAAGCACACCUCUAAAGAAACAGCAGAAGCAGUCUGCCAGAAGGAAUGCUGCAGCUCGUGGUGCAGAGGAGUCAUGCCACGGUACAAUAGCCAUCUGCUAUGUCUCUGUAAUGUCUCUGUAGCAUCUCCUUGGUCUGCUGCUCUGUGCUACCUCUGUCUUUUAUAGCAGUCCUAUUCCAGUGUUUCUAGGAUUGAAUUAGGAGUAACAAUCUAAAUUUUAGGUUUUGUUGUAGCUGAACCCUAAAGGCCAGCUGCUGAUCUUCUUUCCUUCAGUACCCCUACUGCAUCAACGCCAUCAGCUCUGGCUCAUGGAGAGCUGCUCAGUUUCUGGCAUGUGCAUAUUGCUGCUUUCUUCUUCAGAAAAACAAAUGCAUGAGUCUAAAACAACACUCUUAUGCACCUCCUCAUGCCUAAACUGAAGCUUUUCAUACCUGGACUAGUGUUUGCUCCUCUAGUGCCCUUCUGUCUACAGUCCCAGUCAUGGGACAGAGGUCUCAGAGCAUAGAAGCUUUUUCUCUUCUGGAAGUCUUUCUGGUCUUUAUUGCAGCUGGACGUGUCCUGUUUGGAGCUGCUUCCCGGGAGCUCUUGGCUGGCUUGCAAUGUAAUAAAUUGACAUUAAAAUACCUGCAUAUCAAAUAUGCUGCUGAUGUAGCAACAUGAAAGGUAAACUCCCCUGUGGACUGUGGGGGAAGAAGAGCCAGGUAAGCUGGCCACGGGCAUUUUGGACUGGAUCAUUGCUCCUGUACUUUUGUCUUUGGUGUGAUGUUGAGCAAACCAAGGGCUGAAACUUGCUGCAGGUUUGUGCCAGCGAGAUAAUAAAAAGUGGCUUAGAUUUCUGUCAUUGGCCUCCAGUGGAAGCAGACCUUCUAUGUCUUAAAUAUACUUGCACUGAAAUUUCACACAGUUUGGAAAAUGAAUGGGGCUGAGCCUCUUAAGAGCAUUUUGUUGUUACACAUGUAUGUUUCUGCAGCAUCUGAUCAAUGGUAGCACCUUUCUGUCUGUCCCCUUGUGUGCUACCCGUGGUACGGACCUUAAUUUUGUGUGCAGCCAGAGUGCCUGUGCUAGGCUGGCAUAUACAGAAUCAGCAAAUAAUGAUGGAUUCAGAGUGAUUUUCUUUGUAAUGUAUUUAUUCUUCUCAUGUUUUUGGCCUGGGUUUGUAUAUAAAAGCUGUCAUGUGAAGUUGCUGUGUGCAGGGAGAGUUAAAAUCAGCCCGUGGCAGUGCUUGUCCAGUGCAAGGCUGGGGGGCUCAGAGCCAUGUUGCAGGUCUUGCAGGGACACAAGGAUUGGAUUUAUUUAAAACUAAUUCAAGGCUAAAAUGCGGGAGUGGCUCUCCUGCUGCCUGAAGGUAGGGUCAUGUGUAGUUAAAACUCCUGUGAAAAGCUGGCUCGCUCUGCUUGCCACAGGGGGGUGGCUGAAAAGCUAUUGCCAUGAAGUGUAUUUUUACUUAAGUGUAUUUUUACUUAAAGUACGGUUUGAGUGCAUAUGAUGGUCAUUACACACUCUAUUGUAUCGCUGUGUGCUAAAAAAAGAAUAAACCACUGAACGAAA